GUGAACGCACCAUGACACUGGCAGCUAGCCUAGCCGGCUAACUUUUGCUAAUCUGAUUUAUCGCCUGAGUUAAGCACACGUAACGUGAGCCAGGAUUAUCAAAUUUCAGUUUUCCACAUCCAGCGUUUAACACACUAUCUACCUGACGCCGAACAACCACUCCGCACAAAAAUGGCAUCGCUUGGGGAGCCCGUGCGACUGGAAAGAGACAUAAACCGUGCUAUUGAACUGCUUGAUAAGCUCCAGAGGACAGGAGAGGUGCCUCCUCAGAAGCUGCAGGCACUGCAGAGGGUCUUACAGAGUGAAUUCUGUAACGCUGUCAGAGAAGUUUAUGAGCACGUGUAUGAAACAGUGGACAUCAAUAGCAGUCCGGAGGUCAGGGCCAAUGCCACAGCUAAGGCUACUGUGGCAGCUUUUGCAGCGAGUGAGGGACACUCACAUCCACGUGUUGUGGAACUGCCCAAGACAGAAGAAGGCCUGGGAUUCAACAUAAUGGGCGGAAAGGAGCAAAACUCCCCGAUUUACAUCUCGCGGAUCAUCCCAGGAGGCAUCGCUGACCGCCACGGAGGCCUGAAGAGAGGCGACCAGCUUCUCUCUGUUAAUGGGGUGAGCGUCGAAGGUGAGCACCACGAGAAAGCGGUGGAACUCCUCAAAGCAGCUCAGGGCACGGUCAAGCUGGUCGUGAGGUACACGCCCAGAGUCCUGGAGGAAAUGGAGUCACGCUUCGAGAAAAUGAGGUCGGCAAAGCGUCGGCAACAGAACAACUUCCCCAAGUAGGAUUUGUCCCCAUCGGUGGCCGGCUCCCCACCUCUCUUUUUUUUUUUUAACCCCCCCCCGCCCGAAACCACAGCACAUGUAAGUUCAAACAGUAGUUGCCGCUCACACAUUCUGUACAUUAUGCCUCUGCUCAUCUUUGUAGCCUUUUUAAUAUUCACCAUUGUUACCAUACUAGACACUAGGACUCUCCAUGAGCACUAGGAUCAUUGAUGAUGGUUGCCAGUGUAGGCGGUCUCUCACACAUGUGCAUUAUUUUUGAAUUGGACAGUUUGAAUGCAACUCUGAGGCCAUCUGCAGAGCUCCUGUGACUGGAACGGUAGUGUUUGUAAAAAAACAAAAAACACAGACACUACCAAGUGCCUCAGGGCAAACACAUUUAUCUUCUGUGUGUUGUUUUAAUGGUUUAAAGUCAAAUGCCGGUUAUUAAAUGGCUGUGGCAGGGAUUACUACAUGAUUUCUCUCAAGUAAUAUUGUCAUUUUUAUGGCCACUGCACAUGCAGAUACAGAGUAGCUGAGAGCUUUGGAGGAGCUGAUGUUGAAUUGUCCAAAAGAAAUAUGUUUAAUAAGGGAAACCACUGUAAGGUCACUCUAAAUCAAAGGACGUGGAUUGUCUGUAAGGUUUGUAUCUGGCAAAGUUUUCACACUAUGAAAGAAUUCAGCAGGUGCUAACACUAAUGUCUCAGCUAACUGUCGACUUAAUUCCUGCCGUCAGUCACUCGCAUGUUUACGUUUGUGGAAGUCGUAAACCUUUAUGAUUUAUUUGUCUUGACACAGAUCAGGAAUUACCGCUCCGUUAUUGCAACGGUACUUUGGACAAGUCAGUUUCUUUGCUAAAAAAAAAGAAAGAAAAGAAAAACUGCUUGUUCAUAUUAUUCGCAUCAUUUAGUGCAGAGCAAAGUAAGACAUGCGUCGUAUCUCGUGACUUGGAUGAAAGCUUUACUGAAUGAAGUGGCGUUUUUAGGGCAUCGCAUUGUAAAUCUGCCAUUUUGUUACUCCACGUCUUACUCAAAAUAAAACAUGCAACCUAUGAAGCUUUUGGUACUUUUAUAUCCUGGAAUCAUUAAUAUACUAUUAACGAGUAAUAAUUGCACCCAUCAGACCAGACCUUGUGUAAGCAUUAAGAUUUAAAGACGAAACUAAGGCUACAUUUCAUUGAUUUAGUGGAGCAUUAUUUUCCUAUCUAAGAUUAAAAACAAUUCCAGGGACCACCUUAUGAUUUAGAAUUAGAGUAAUUUGGUGAUAAAUUGUUCAAGUGUAAAGUAAUUUAAAGAAACAAUGAAGGCAUUUAAUGAAUGAAUUUUACCCCAGAGAACCACUGAUUGUCCUGUAACUCCACAUUUAUUACACAGAAAGCACACAAUAGCAUUAAGAUAAUCGCGAUAAUGACACGUGAUAUUUUAUUACUGAAUACUGCCACUGUCAUUAGCAGUGCUGAUAUGAUGCCAAACCUGUGUCAAUAACCCUCAAUAAUACUGUAUCACAAUCCCACGUAACAGCAUGUAAACAAAGUUUUAUGUGCGUUUGCAGAAUUAAUUGAUAUUGUAUUGAUAUUCCAUGUAUUUCACUCACCUCAGCAUGGACACGGAUUUCUCUACGAUAUUUAAUGAUUGCUUUUCUUGCUUUUCCAUUUCAGUGUAAUGAUUGUGUGUUGAAGCCCCUCCUCGUUCAGUCUUCCAGUGUUUGGGAAGAGCGUUUUUUUUUUUUAAUGUAUAGUUUCCAUGGUAGAUGCAGUAUCUUGUAUAUAGCACAUACACUAGGCUUUAGCUACAGUAUGUAAGCCAUACUAUUGUCCAGUCUCAGGAUCAACAAAGGAAGGUGGUAACAAUUAUUUAUCUAACUGGUGAGGAAUUUAAAUCAGCGGUGGAGAAAAACACAAUUUCUUUGUAAAACUAAAACUCUUCAGUCUGUCUUUGAGUUUCCUGCUCACAUGUCCUCUGAUGUUUUUUUUUUCUUUGAAUGCAGUAUAUUGUUAAAUGGAUCAUAUCCAGUCGAGUGUGUCACUUUGCAAGUGUUUUGUUCAACCCGACGUGAUAUAAUGACCAUAAACGGCUGUACAGUUGUCGUGACCCAGACAUCUGAAAGUAGGUCCACUUAAUGCUUUCCAUUUGACUUUGUGUUGUAGUUACUCCAGAGCUUUUUAUUCUUUGUUUUCAUUUUGGUCGUUUUUUUCCCACUAUCUUAUCGAAAAUGUUGUUUCACGAUUAUUAUUAUUAUUAUCAGUGCGUUGAAUUUUUUUUCCCCCCACAAGACGAUUAGUCAGUCAUUUUUGUGUCAGUACAGCAAAAAGUUGUCUUAUUUUUCUCUGUUAUAGUCAACAUACAUUAACUGGUGGCUGUUUAUUAUCACUAGUUAUGUUUACAUGUGGAAAAUGUCUGCAUUCCAUAUGGAUUAUUUUCCGACUGGCAUUUACAGCUUCGUUCCCCCGUUGUUGCACGUGUCCGCUCGUCCCUUCACUGUCCGCUAUCCGCCUCAUUUUCCCCUCUUCUUCCUUCCGCGUCUGAAUUUUCUUCCCUUUUCCCGCAGUAGCAAAAAGGAAAUAUGUCACCAAACCAGGAAGUCACCGGCCACUUGUGUCCAUGUAAACAUAGCUACUGAGUCGGAUUUUUUUUUUUUACUAUGUUCACAAAAUAACAUGCCAGCAAAUUAAAUAUUGCAAAAAAAAUAGCGGAUAAAUUCGGUGUGCUCCCCUUUAAACCAUUUUAAUCUUGUAAAAAAUUGCUGAAUUGUCCGAAGCAGAUCAACUAUCUAUGCAAGAUCAUCUAAAAAACUUUGAAAAUCUCUUGUUUUGGUGCAAAAAAACCCGAUUGUUUUUCCUCGAGAAUGUUAUGAAAUAUAGGAGUUACACGAUGCACGACGAGGCAUUUUCAGUGUCCGUCGUCGCAGCGUGCUCAUUUUGAUCGCCGUCGCCGUUUGAUUUCAGCCUUUCUCUCUUAAUUCAUGAUUGUGCGGAUGCAUGUGGAAGAACAGGCUUCUGUGAAAGUGUGAUUAGCAGUAGACGACGCCAUAGCUUUUCUUUGAGCGUACCAUUACGUUGAGGCAGAAUAAAGUGGGUAUGUACAUAGAAGUUGAAAUGUCUUAAUAUAAUGUAUAGUUUGCCCCUUGUUUGUAGAUUGUUUUUAUCCAAUAGUAGAUAUUUAUCUUCACCGCUCAUGUAUAGUAAUUCCAGGAAAAGAAAUGUAAUGAGACUCACACUGAAUGUCACUGCUCAUCAUUUUGUGAAGUACUCCUCAACUUUCUACCAGUUUUCAUUUUCUAUAUAUUGGAAUGGUCUAUAAAAAUAUUUUUUAUAAUAGUUUUGUUUUGAUAUUUUUCUCAAUUUUUAUAAGUGUUUUUUUCCUAGUCAAAUACCAGGAUUAAUAAUAGUAAUAAUAAUAAUACUAGUAAUAAUAAUAAUAGGUACUGGUGUACCAGGGCCGUAUCAGCGGAGCCUCUCUGAGAAGCUGCACUGAUGUAGAACGUGUGAAUAAUAAUAAUGUCCUCGGUGAGCAUGUUCUUUUCCGAGACCCGAACCGAUUUAUCUUUUCUUUUUAGUACAGUAAAACCAAACUUGCAACAUUUGUGGACGUUUUGAAAUCUUUUAGUCGGUGCUUGUUUCCGGAUUAAUAUCUGUAGACCUUGUCGUGUUAUCUUGUGUUAUCUAAUUUACCGUGUUUCAUUGAUGUGGAAUGUAAAAUGUGAUGUAGAACCAUGAUCAGACUGGAGGAUAAAUAAAUAUUGCUAAAAACA